GCGCCAACACAUUGCCUGAUAGUAAAUCCUAGUGGCGGGCUGUCAUGACUCACGACUAAUGACCCCAACAGCACGCAGGUUGAAUAGAUGCUCACUGACCACCUGUUCAGAACCGACCUAAAUCGCGCUCGCACGUAAGUCAAAGUGCAACCUCCGCCGCAGAAUCCGGCGGGUUCGCGCGCAGACGAGAAUGCGCGUGGUGUCGUGACUUCUGAGGCGAGUUAAAAGUCAGCUCGAGAAUGCGCGUGGUGUCGUGGAACAUCAACGGGCUGCCCACCACGUUCAAGGAGGCCACUAGCAAGUACGGCUCCGUCGGAAACUUCUUCUCAAACAUCCUCCGCGCCGACGUGCUCUGCCUGCAGGAGGCGAAGGUGGCGGAGGAGCGGUUGGAGCGCGCAUGGGCGCUGGUGGACGGCUAUGACUCGUACUGGGCGUUCAGCCGCGACAAGAAGGGGUACAGCGGGUGUGUGACCUUUGUGCGCGACUCCCUCACCCCUCUCGACGCCGUCGCUGAUGCCAUCGGGCCCAACGGCCGUGCAUGGGAGGGGGCCAUGGGCACAGAGACAGAGCAGGGGACGGAGCACGGGCGGUUUGUGCUGCUGAACGUGUACGUGCCGAACGCCGGCGAGAGGAAGCACGGGCGGCCCCGGCUGCGGCGCAAGAUGGCGUUCCUGCGAGCGCUGCGCAGAGAAUGCGAUGCCAUACGGGCGAGUGGACAGCAUGUGGUGGUUGUAGGCGACCUGAACAUCUCCCAUCGCGACAUAGACGUUUUCCACCAGUGGCGCGUCAACCACAUCUACUGCGCUGCGGAGCUGCAGUGGCUGGACUCUCUCUUCGCGCUGCCUGGCUCGCCCUACCGGGACCUCUUCCGCUACUUACACCCCACCACUGCCGGCGCCUUCACCGUGUGGGACCAGCGCACCGACGCACGCAGCAGAAACGAGGGGCAGCGCAUAGACUAUGCGGUGUGUGAUGCUGCCUUCCUCCCGCACGUCCUCUCGUGUGACAUCAUAAAGGUUUCCCCCAAGCAGUGGAGCGACCACGCUGCAAUCGACCUUGUGCUUGUGGACUCCUCCCCGCUGCCCCCCCACCCCCGCCCGUCGCUCUCUGCCCGCAACAUGAGCAAGUUCCAGGAAGACUCGUCGCAGAGAAAGCUGACAGCGAUGUUUGGCGCGAGGAGGGUGAAGGGGCGGGGUGAAAGGGAGGGACGAGAGGGGAAGGGGGAGGAGGAGGAGGGGAAUAAAGGGAGGGGGGAAAGGGAGGACGGGGAGAGGAGGGACAGAAAGGAGGGGGGAAAGGUAGUGAAGGAUGCAGGGCGCAUCAGCAGGAGGGGGGAUGAUAUGGGGAAGGGCAGGGAUGAGGCGUGUGCAAGGGCUGGUGGUGAAAGGCUGGAGGAGAGGGUGUUUGGGGAGCAGGGUGCAGGCAGGUUGGGGGAGAGGGGCAGUGAGGGCUCAGAGGGAGAAGGUGCCGCAUCAGUUGGAAUGGCAAGGCGGGCAGUUGAGGCUUCAGUGGCGGCUGCACGGGUGGCGGUGGGGGGAAUUGGAGAGAGUGGGGUACAGGGGGGAGGUGAGAGGGGGAUGGAGGAUGGUUCUGAGAAGGAAAGGGCAGGGGGCGGUGAGAGCACGGGGGGAGCAGACGAGGGAGGGUCUGGAGACGUGGGAGAAGGGAGAGGUGGUGAUGGUGAUGGUGAUGGUUGUAGCGAUAGUGGUAAGGGGGAUGGUGGUGGUAUGCAGCAUGGGGCGGUCGUGGAUCAGAGCAGUACAAAGCAGCAGGCAGGACAAGAGAAGGGUCGGGAAGACCAUGAAGGAGAGAGUGGAGAGGAGGGGCAAGGUGCUGGGGGCAAGGCAGGUGACGAUGGUUCAAGUGCACGUGCUGCGACUCAUUCCCAAAUCAUCACAUCAGCUACAGUGGCAGCAGCUGCUGAAACUACACCAGUAGCGGUACUGACAGCAGCAGCUGCAGCAACGGGACCACCAGCAGCAGCUGGAAAUGGGAGAAAGAGGUCUUCAAGCAGUGUAGCAGUAGCACAGGGUAGGGAUGAUGUAGCAAAGAGGGGGGGAAGAGGAGGAAGAAAAGCUGCCACAAGUGCUGCUGCUGGUGGUAGAAGUGGUGGACAGCGUUUGAUCACACAAUUCGUCAAACGAUGGUAGCUAGCGAGCAAGUGAUGUGCGUCUCCCUUGCGUUAUCUGCAGUCCAUAGCCUUGUGCCAUGUUCAAAUUGCUGCACAUAACAAUUCUUGGUUUCUUGAGUAAGUUGUGCUAGAUGCGUUGGCUUGAGAGAGCCCAGGGUGUUGUCUUCUUCAUAGCCCUGCGAAAUCAGGGU